AUGUCUAGAGGAAGUCUCCUAUUUGCUGCACACAUAGCCCUUCUCCUUCUCCUUCUUCCUCCUUCCUUCUGUUUCCAAACUUCCACCGUGGAAGAUAGUGCCCUCUUUUGUGGCAAUAUUAACAUAAGGUCUCCAUUCGAUUUAAAUGGAGACCUUCAAAAAUGUGGCUACAACACUUAUCAGCUUUAUUGUGAGGAAAAUGUUACCAUAAUAUGCUUAUAUUCGGGAAGGUAUCACGUAAAGGCGAUCAAUUACAGUGACUGGACAAUCCGAGUUGUGGAUGCUGGUAUUCAGAAGAAAGACAACUACUUCUCCAACCCACGUUACUCUUUAACCUCCUUGAACCUUACUGAUGGAAAUCCUUUCUCCUAUGCUCUUCAGUUUACUGACACAUCUAUUCAAGAACUCCGACUGUACAGUCUAGUGAUACAUGAAGUGCCUAUAAUUUUUAUCAGCUGUGCAAAUCCAAUGCAUUCUCCUCGCCUUGUUGAUACAGCUCCAUGCAUCAACAAUUCUGCCAAUUCUUCUUUGUCCAGUACUUUAAGAAUGUUUUCUUACGUCAUAAUUAGCUUGAAUGGCUCCAUAAUAAGUCCCUUCGAUUUGGGGGAGUCCUGCAAAAUAACACAAAUGGUUGUGGUGUCAUCUUCAACAUCUACAGAUCUGCACCAGAACUUGUCCUGUGAAGGUAUAUAUAAUGAAAUAGCGCGUGGCUUUGAGCUCUCAUGGUUUAACGCUGCAUGUUACUUAAAAUGUGGAAUGCAUAAGGAGAACUGCACGCUCGACAAUGUGAGUAAAACCAAGUGCCCUUCAAUAACCAAAGGCUGGGUAAUCUCCUUGUAUUUCUAUGGGCUCACCCACGAGUGCUACAGGGGAAUCCCCCUUUAUCUGCUUCCAUUAACCUGUGUAAUCCCUUACUUAGGAAUAUUGCACAUAGUCAUACAUGUGUUUGGCUUUCCCUGUGCAACUGCAUUAAUAAUAUACAAAUGGAAAAGGAGGCACUUGUCAAUGCAUGACAAUAUAGAAGACUUUUUGCAGAACAAUAAGCUCAUGCCAGUAAGGUACUCUUACUCAAACAUAAAAAAGAUGGCCAAAGGUUUCAAGGAAAAAUUGGGUGAAGGAGGCUAUGGCUCUGUAUACAAGGCAAAGCUUCGUAGUGGUCGCCUUGUAGCCAUUAAGAUGUUGGGUAAGUCCAACGCUAAUGGGCAAGACUUCAUCAACGAAGUUGCUACCAUUGGAAGGAUUCACCAUGUUAACGUGGUGCAACUCAUUGGCUUCUGUGUUGAGGGUUCAAAGCGUGCUCUCGUAUACGACUUCAUGCCUAAUGGAUCUCUUGAUAAAUACUUAUUUUCUCAACAAGGAGUUGUCUCUUUGAAUUGUGAGAAAAUGUUUGAAAUCGCCCUUGGAGUGGCUCGUGGUAUUGAAUAUCUGCACAGAGGAUGUGAAAUGCAAAUUCUGCACUUUGACAUCAAACCUCAUAACAUUCUUCUUGAUGAGAAUUUUCUUCCCAAGGUGUCUGAUUUUGGAUUAGCAAGGCUAUGCCCGCUCGAUAAUAGCAUUGUAUCUUUGACAGCAGCAAGAGGAACUCUCGGAUACAUAGCACCAGAGUUAUUCUAUAAAAACAUUGGAAGUAUUUCAUACAAAGCUGAUGUCUAUAGUUUCGGAAUGCUAUUGAUGGAAAUGGCUGGCAGAAGAAAGAAUUUAAAUGCAACCAUAGAGAAGUCGAGCCAAAUAUACUUUCCAACAUGGGCUUUUGACCAAUUGAGUGAUGGAAAGGACAUAAAAAUUGGGGAUGCCACAGAUGAGGAAGAGAAGAUCAUAAAGAAGAUGAUCAUUGUGGCAUUGUGGUGCAUACAAAUGAAACCUAGCGAUCGCCCUUCUAUGAAUAAAGCAGUUGAGAUGCUUGAAGGAGAAAUUGAGAGCCUUGAAAUGCCUCCAAAGCCUUUCUUGUAUCCACAACAGAUGCCAGAAGUGGUUCCUGGGGACAAUUCAAGUACCACAAGUGCAUCAACAGUGACAAGUUCUAAAGAAAUCGUUUCGAUUGUAGAUGCGGAUUAA